AUGCACUACCCAUUUUCUUUUUUCGUUUUGACGAUUUUAUCGACAUUUACAAUCGUAAAUGGACAAAUUUGUACGCCGGAUCCAUGUGCUAAUGGAGGUCAAUGUGUGCCGAUUAAUGCGGGCACUGAUUAUUAUUGUGACUGUCUACCAGGUCUUCCAUUAGGUGGAAAAAAUUGUGAUGUAUUAAUCACAACUACAACAACGACAACGAUGCCUACACCAUGCUCAUCAGGUCCAUGUGAAAAUGGUGGUGCAUGUACUGAUAUAGCAUCCAUUACAUACGUUUGUACAUGUGGUGCAUAUACAUAUGGACCCCGAUGCGAAAGCAUAAAUCGAUGUGCCACUCAACCACCAAUUUGUCAAAAUGGUGGUACGUGUAAUCCUGGUUUAAAUGGAAUUUUUUCUUGUCAAUGCACUCCUGGAUACACUGGAAAUUUUUGUGACAAAUCAACUCAAACAAUAUCUAUUUGUGCAGGAGGACCAUGUCAACAUGGUGGUACAUGUUUAGCAUUGAAUUCAAAUACAAUUAUUUAUUGUCAAUGUCCACCUGGAUAUACAGGCUCAAGAUGUGAGACUUACAAUGCAUGUUAUAGUGCGCCAUGCCUAAAUGGUGGUACUUGUACUCCGACUGGUAAUACAUAUCAAUGUUCAUGCCCUGGUGCAUUCUAUGGAAAUCAAUGUCAACUUUCUAAUACAAAUGUUUGUAUACCAUCACCAUGUAAAAGUGGUGGCACUUGUUCAGUCGUUAACAAUGCAGCAUUUUGUACGUGUCCAUCACAAUUUACAGGUGCAAAUUGUGAACUAACAAUAUUCAAUAUUGCUUGUAUCGUAAAUCCAAAUAUGUGCAAAAAUGGCGGAACAUGUCAACCAGUUGGUGCAGAAUCAUGGAAUUGUCAAUGUACAGCUGGAUUCACCGGUCUAAAUUGCGAAACACCUCUGACAACUAAUACUUGUUUACCAAGCAAUCCACAAUGUUUUAAUGGUGGAACUUGUGUCUUACUUGGAAAUAUAUAUAGAUGUACUUGUCCUAGUGGUUUCACAGGUCAAUAUUGCGAGACUGCCGUAGCAACAACUUCUGUUUGCCAACUUAACCCAUGUAGCAAUGGCGGAACGUGUGUACCAACUGGUACAAAUUCAAGAAUUUGUUCAUGUCCAGCUGGAUUCACCGGAGUAAAUUGCGAAACAUCUAUUACAACUAAUACUUGUUUACAAGGCAAUACAUGUUUGAAUAGUGGAGCUUGUGUCUUAGCUGGAAAUAUAUACAGAUGUACUUGUCCUAAUGGUUACACGGGUCAAUAUUGCGAAAACGCCGUAGCAACAACUUCAAUUUGCCAACUUAACCCAUGUAGCAAUGGCGGAACGUGUAUACCAACUAGUACAAAUUCAAGAGUUUGUUCAUGUCCAGCUGGAUUCACCGGUCUAAAUUGCGAAACAUCUAUUACAACUAAUACUUGUUUACAAGGCAACACAUGUUUGAAUAGUGGAGCUUGUGUCUUAGUUGGAAAUAUAUACAGAUGUACUUGUCCUAAUGGUUUCACAGGUCAAUAUUGUGAGACUGCCGUAGCAACAACUUCAAUUUGUAAACCUACGCCAUGUAAAAAUGGUGCACAAUGUUUUCCUGUAGGUACUACUGAUUUUGUAUGUGCAUGUCCGUCUCAAUAUACCGGCAAACGAUGUGAAACUGUUUUAUCAUCAUGUAAUCCAGCAUUAUGUAGUAAUGGUGGUACGUGUGUCCUUUUGGGAAAUGGAUCAACUUAUAAAUGUGCUUGUCCACCCGGAUUAACAGGUGAUCAAUGUACAAGCGCAAUCAAUAAUCAAUGUUUAUCUCAACCAUGUCUUAACGGUGGUACAUGUUAUCAAGGUCCAUUUACAUAUGAUUGUAAAUGUCCAACUCCAUUUCGAGGAGAACGAUGUGAAUCUGUAGCAUCAUAUUCUACACCAUGUGACAGUAAUCCAUGUAUAAAUUCUGGUACAUGUAAUGUUGUUGGUAACAGUUAUACAUGUUCAUGUCCUCCUGGUUACACAGGAAAUACCUGCGAAUCAAAUAUUCGACCAGCUGUUUGUGAACUCAAUUGUUCACCAGGUUAUUGUUUUGCUAAUCCAGGAAAUCAACCAACAUAUGCUUGUUAUUGUACGGAUAAUACAAUACAUGUAAAAACAUGUCGUUCUCGUCGUACAUAUCGUCCUUGA